CUUCAAGGCCGCCAUCCAACCUUACACGGGAGAAACGCGCAGAAAAGUGGAAUCAUGAAUUAAAGGUAUCUCGAUAAACGGAUCGCUUAUUAUAUCGCGUUAAAACAGUGCUAGCGGUGUUAUAUCGUCCACGAUCUUGAGCCAAAGAACUGUGCAGUAAGGUGAGAAAGGUGGAUAUUUGUGAGGAAGUGUUUUGCUUGUUGCACAGUUGCCAAGGCGACUACAGUACGUGCGUGCGUGUGCGUGCGUGCUCCAAAAGUGUGUUAUGAGAGAAUAACGAUUAUUCUGACAAAGAUUCGACAACUAUCUUCGCAUUAAACGCGAUUCGAUGUUUGGGAAACGAACGGCCUGAAAACGGGAUUAUGGACUACCCGGUUUUAGGCCACUACGACCCGUCCGUAGAGGCCACGGCUGAGAGCACCGCUGACGAACAAGAACUGCUUUGGGAAGAAUCGAAUUAUGUCUUACCUGGAGAUGAAUAUGUACCUGCAGCCGAGCAGUUUGGAGAAGACUUUCUUGGAGCUGAAUUUCAUGAAACGCGUACUCUACUUGCUGAUGGGGGGGAUAGAUUUGGAGUAUCCACUGCCACUUUUGAUACCGUCGAAGAACUUAUGUGGAUGGGGAAUCAAGGGGGUCACGUAACAUCUUAUUAUGGAGCUGGCUUACAAAAGUACACCUCUUUUCAAGUACACUCUACACAGGAAGUUCGGCAUAUUCAUCCAUUAGAUGAGGGAAUUUUGGUUCUAACGCAAAGUUUGUUGAGAUGCCAAUUGCGACGAGGCAUACCAAUAUUUACCCAUAUGUCACCAAAUAUGAUAGACAUGCAAUGCAUGCUUCAAAUUUCGCCAACCAGAUUACUUAUGGGGGGACAUCAGGAAAAGAUAAUCGAUUUUAAUCUUACCCGCGGAAAAGAGACCGGAUUAGUGCAUGUAGGGGAAAAUGGUUGUGCAAUUUUAAGACAGCAUAGUAGGCUCAUAUGUGCUGGAAACCCUGCAGGAAGAAUCGAUCUCAGGGAUCCAAACACGUUAUCAAUAGAGCAUACUUUUGAUACCCAUAGCGGUUCCCUAAGCGAUUUCGAUGUUCAGGGAAAUUACCUUGUUACUUGUGGUUUUAGUAACAGCCGCCAGGGCCUAUCGGUUGAUCGGUUCUUAAUGGCAUACGAUUUAAGACAGAUGAGAGCCUUAAGUCCUGUUACAACCCUAGUAUAUCCUCUCCUAUUAAAGUUCCUACCCAGUUAUUCCAGUCGUUUAGCGGUCGUAUCGCCAUUGGGACAGAUGCAACUACUUGAUACUAUCUAUGCUAAUGUCCAGCCACCUAUGACAUGCUUGUAUCAGGUUGCUACCGGUGGUGCAAUGAUAUUAUCAUUCGAUGUUUCCUCCACGUCUCAAUGUCUUUGUUUCGGAGAUUCGGCAGGUUCUAUACAUCUCAUGUCUACAAACACGCCUGAGCCUCAGUUCAAUACAUUUUCUCGACCAACAGAAUUCGCUGAUCCAGUUGAAUCAUUUCAAUGCAUACCGUUUGAUGAUGAUAUUACACCAUUGAGCUCAAUACCUAUUAUCUAUACUGGGCAUCCACUAUUAAGCGAUUGGCCAGAAGAGUAUCUGAAAAAGGUCUAUAGGAAAACACCAGCGAUAGAUCCGGAAAUUCUGCGCACAAUGAAGAUGCAAGGAACAAUAGGUUAUGCCCCAAAUCCUCAGGCAUUUCGCAGAAAUCAAAUACCUUACAAUUUGGAAAAACGACGUGGCGUAGUUGCAAAGCUUUUCGCGGGGGACUCACGGUCCAAAACUGAUGACGGCACCUUUGUGGCCAUACCUAAACGUUACCGUAAAAUCGAGGUGAAAUACUCACGUCUCGGUUACGACGAGUUCGAUUUCGAUCAGUACAAUCACACCAGCUUCUGUGGCUUGGAAGCCACACUUCCCAACAGUUAUUGCAACGGUAUGCUACAGUUACUUUAUUAUUGCGAGUCUGUAAGAAUAGCGUUGCUGUCUCAUUCGUGCCAAAGAGAAUUCUGCCUCUCCUGUGAACUAGGAUUUUUAUUCCACAUGUUGGACACGUCCCGGGGAUUGCCUUGUCAAGCUGCUAAUUUUCUUCGAGCUUUUAGAACCGUCCCGGAAGCAGCGGCCUUGGGACUUAUACUCAGCGACCAACAUCCGGAAGCGAAGAGGAAGACGAACUUGAUCAGAUUGAUACAGAGCUGGAAUAGGUUUAUUCUUCAUCAAAUCCAUUAUGAGAUAUUGGAGACAAGGAAACGACAGCAGAAGGAGGAGGAAGCUGCUCGGCUUAAAUCUAGUUCUCAGUGUCCACCAUUCGUUUACAACGAACAGGAUUUUCCUAGUAUUCUGCAGGAUAUUGGUUCUCGGUACAGAAGUCACGACGAAGAGAGGAAGAAAAGGAGGAAGAAAGAAGGGGAUGGUAAAUAUAUGUGGAUCACAUCGAAAGAUAAGAACAACAAAAAGUCUAUCGAAGAAAACGAGGUACGAGACGAAGAGACAGAGAUCAGUCGUCUAUUUGGGUCCGAACAAAUGCAUAUACAUCGUUGUCUCAAAUGUGGGCAAGAAGCAACGAAACAUUCCAUCAUGUUGCUGUGUAAUUUAGUUUAUCCAGAAUUAAGUCACCCUUCAGAGGAGGUUCCGUUUACGAGUGUUCUUGCCCGCAGUUUAAGACCCGAGAAAAUUACACCUGCAUGGUGUGACAGUUGUCAGAAAUUUACACCCACUCUACAAUCUCGACAAUUAACUAAACUACCUCAAAUACUGGCUCUGAACUGUGGCCUAGAUACACAGCAGGACAAAGUGUUUUGGCAAACGCAAAUGGAUAUAGUGGUCCAAAAAGUGUUAAGCGGGAAAGAAAGUAGCCCAUCUUCGAGUCCCGUACCUGUUACCGUGAAACCUUGUCGAUAUGGUAACAACUGCACCCGAAUUGGAUGCAGAUUCAGACACGUUGGUAGAGAUUCAGAAAAUGUAACAACCCCACCAGUUACACCACCCACGGUCUCUUCGACACCUGUCGCCACACCACCUAGUCACCUGUACUAUUCUCAUUCAUGGAUUCCCCAUAACAUUGAAAUUUCUCUGAAUAGUAACGGUGAAUUGAGCGUAGAAAAGAUCAACAGUCCGAGGAACGAUUACAAUGAAAGUAGUAGCAAACCUUCGGAACAGGUUGUAGUAGAAAAUGGUCAAGGCGAUGGUAAAGAUAAGCAAGAUUUGGAGGGUUCUCAACAAAAUUCCGAGGAGAAAACGGCUGAAAAUCACGUUUCUGCUGGGGCGGACACUGGAUAUGCGGAAGGAUCAGAUACUAUCGAAGAAAACUCGGUUAAAACUAGUAAAAUGCAGUAUAGCCUCAGUGCCGUUAUUUGUUACAUCGAUGAUAAGAGUAAUGAGGAUAGGAGGAACAUUGUUGCGUUGCUGCGAGUUGGACCAAGUUAUCAUGAACGAUCUACUGGUAGUGCAGUGUCGCAGUGGUAUAUUUUCAACGAUUUCUGUAUAUCAGCUGUAACACCCCAGGAAGCCGUCUGGUUUAAUCUUGACUGGAAAGUCCCUUGUGUUCUUCAUUAUACCGCUGUACCAUCACCCGAGCCAGUACCUUUCGUCAGUCCCCUUACUUACGACGUAUUUGGGGAAGAUAAAUGUAUAGCUCGUAGUGGAGGAACGAGGGGUAUCACGUUCACACCAUUGACAUCCGACGAAAUGCCUAAAAAAGGGGAGUUAGUAGGUAUCGAUGCAGAGUUCGUUACAUUGAAUCAAGAAGAGUCUGAGCUUAGAAGCGAUGGGAAAAUGUCCACCAUAAAACCGAGUCACAUGUCUGUUGCUCGGAUAACUUGUAUACGAGGACAAGGUCCUUUGGAAGGUACUCCCUUCAUAGAUGACUACAUAAGCACUCAAGAGCAAGUGGUCGAUUACCUCACAAAAUUCAGUGGAAUCCAGCCUGGCGAUUUGGACGCCAACUUCAGCAGCAAACAUUUGACGACUUUGAAAUCAACUUAUCAGAAACUGCGGUUUCUGGUUGAUAAUGGAAUCAUAUUCGUUGGUCAUGGUCUGAAAAAUGACUUUAGAGUGAUCAAUUUAGUCGUGCCACCGGAACAGAUCGUGGACACGGUACUAUUGUUCCACUUACCGCAUCAUCGCAUGGUGUCGCUUCGUUUUUUGACAUGGCAUUUUCUAGGAAAAAAGAUUCAAUCAGAAACACAUGAUUCAACUGAAGAUGCUCGAGCUGCUCUAGAAUUGUAUCGUAAAUACAAAGAACUAGAGAAUUCUGGUAAACUAGCUGAAUCUUUGAAGGAGCUCUACAAUAUUGGCAGUCAAAUGCAAUGGAAGGUGCCGGACAGCUGAUACGAGGAUAAUUCUAUCGAGGAGGUACAUGAUUCAGUCAUAUUAUGUAACGAUAAUGAAACUUAGAUGACUUUGAAGUAUAAUGUACAUUCAAUCGCUAUACUUCAAAAGACAUCAUCCGUUCUAUCGUUUCGCGACAGAAUCAUGCGUUACUCCUUUUCAAAACAGGUUUUUCGUGUGUAGAAACUAAGGAAAUCCUGAGGGUAAAGUGUGCUGAUGUCUCAAGUGUUAAAAUGAUUACGGGUACAAUUGCAUUGUCAUUCGUGUUUAGUAUUCCUGCGACUGUACAACAGAACUCCAUUUAUUUUUUAUAAAUUUCACUGAAACUGUUGUCGAACAUCAUUGACUUUUUAAAUGAGCUCCUAUUAUUCGAACAGAAAAUUAUUGUAAAAAAGAAAAAUUAGUGAGCUCAUUAUCCAUAACGUCUCGGUUUCUUACACGUGGAGUUCUAUUGUACUAGUACGUUAAAAAAUCAUUCACGGUAUAAACGUUAAUCACAAUUCUUUUAGUUAGAUCCCGUGUGAUCGGUCAUCGUAAAUUGUGCAGAGAUACCAUACGAAAAUUCUUGUUGAUCACGCUUUUUUCUAGAAACGAGUUCGCCAUGUCAGUGGCAACCUUGUACAUAUUGUCCGAUAGCACAUUAGCGUUUUGAAGAGCAGUGUCGAUCCCAAAACUCUCCAUACGACUACACGUAUCACAUAUUUAUGUAUUUUAAUUUUUUCCAUCUUUCCAAACGACAGAUAACACACGUGAUCCAUCCUGGCCGGUAAACUGAGUUAACAGUAAAUGUAUAUAAUUAAUAGUUAGUGUUUCUAGCAAUAAUUCUGGAUGGGGUAUUACCUUUACGGAGGUGCACACAUUUCAUGAUUUUUCGUUUUAUAUAUGUAUCUUUUCUAUAGAGUACCAACUUUUGUACCGUUUUAAUCAAACGACAGUUCGCGAGAACGAGACAGAGAGAAAAGAGAAACAUUUUUUUUUUUAAUAAGAUUUACUUCGUCCAAUGAUGGAUUUUCAUUUCUGCUCGCGAGAUCGUUUUAAUUCAUUGAUCUAUUGACGAACAAAUCAUUGAGAGAACCAAACAUUUUUCUAAACGGUCCUUUUCUACGAGACUCUCCAAAACGCAGAAUAUUUAAACGAAAUGCGGUAGUAUAUUUUACAAAACGAUUGUAUUCAUAGAUUAUUUUUAUAUAUAUUUUAUCAAUGACAAAAAAAAAAA